AUGACCAAAACAGAAAAGGGGAGCGGGGAAGCCAGUUGGGCUCUGCGUGGCGCCCUGGCCGCUGUGGCGCUGCUUUCGGCGCUCAACACGGUGGGCACGGUCUUCGCGCUGUGCCAGUGGCGCAGAUUGAGCGAGGCGCUGCGGGCGCUAGAGGCGGAGAGGGUUCAGCAGGCGCGGGAGGACAGCGCCAUCCGCACCUUCCUUCAAGAGCUGAGCCGAGCGCCCCAAAACAUCCCUGGCAACCCCGACCCCGAUUUGCCUGGGGCGGCUCGGAACAAGCGCAGUCAUGCUGGGGAGCCCCAGCCACACAUCCGGGCGGAGAACCAGGACAUGCUGAUGAUGAUGACUUAUUCCAUGGUGCCGGUUCGAGUGAUGCUGGAUUUAUGUAACAGCACGAAAGGGAUCUGCUUAACAGGUCCACCUGGCUUACCAGGACCCCCAGGAAUAAAUGGGUUACCGGGACGCAAUGGAUCAGAUGGGUUGCCUGGCAUUCAAGGACCAAAAGGAGAAAAAGGAACAAAUGGGAAAAAAGGAAAAAUGGGUGAGACAUGUGCAGUACCAAAUGAUGAUACAUUGGCAGGAAAACCAGAUGAGAAAGCCAAUGAGCACCAUUCUCCACAAGCUGAAUGCAUCAUCACAUCUAUUGGAAGUCCAACACAGGUGAUAAAAGUCAAGGACACAUUUGGAACUUGGAUGAAAGAAUCAGUGAAUAAAAGUGAUGAACGGAUUUGGGUGACUGAACAUUUCUCAGGUCUCAUCGUGAAAGAAUUUAAGGAUCAAGUCUCCCUCCUGAACAACACUUACAAGCCCAUCCACCUCAGGUAUUUUUUCCACGGCUGUGGGCAUGCUGUCUAUAACAACUACCUCUACUAUCACAAAGGAGGCUCCAAUAUCAUCGUGAGAUUUGAAUUUGCAACAGAAACAUCUGAAACACUGAAGAUUGAAAACGCCUUGCACUUCGGUCGAAAUUAUCUCUUCGUGAACUCAAAGACGUACUUCAAUUUAGCAGCUGAUGAAAAGGGCCUUUGGAUUAUCUAUGCUUCUAGUCUGGAUGGGUCCAGCAUCUUCGUGGCCCAGCUGGAGGAAAGUACCUUCUCGGUCAUCCAGCAUAUCAACACCACGUACCCCAAAUCCAAAGCAGGCAAUGCCUUUGUUGCCUGUGGCAUCCUCUAUGUCACGGACACCAAAGACAUGAAGAUAACCUUUGCUUUUGAUUUGUUAAAGGGGAAACAGAUCAAUGUGAGUUUUGACCUAAGAACUUCACAGUCUGUUCUUGCCAUGUUAGCUUACAAUUUGAGAGAUCAGCAUCUCUAUACGUGGGAAGAUGGCUAUUUAAUGCUAUAUCCCGUUCAGUUUUUGUCAGCCACAGGAAGGAAAUGAUGGUUCUUUUCAGGAUGGUCCAGGAUCUCUUUGCUCUUUGGUAAAUUUUAAUCUUGACAUGGAA